AUCCGUAAUUGUUCACCAACUGAUAACCCACAACUGGAACAAUUCAUUUAGUUACUGGUUCUCUAUCGUUUCAAAGACAACAACCGCACUGGUAAUGAGUUCAUCAGAUAGAACACAGACCAUCGAGGAUGGCAAGGAAGAAGCCAUUUUCCGAUCGGCCACUAUGUCGCUUGUGCAAUUAUACUUGCCCACCGAAAUCUCAAGGGAAUUGAUUUAUGACAUCGGUAAAUUGAAUUUGGUGCAGUUCAGAGACUUGAACUCCAAGGUGUCUGACUUUCAGAGGGCGUUUGUCAACGAAUUACGGAAAUUGGACAAUGUGGAAAGACAAUUCAUUUUCUUCAAGGAGGAAUUAGAUAAGAAGUCAAUUUCAUUGUCGAAGUACCCUUACGAAUCCGAAUUAUCCCAAGUAGCCCCUCAGUCGGACAUUGACGAAUUGGUUGACAACGGCCAGAUUUUGGAAGACAGGGUCACUGAAUUGGUCGACUCGUUGUUUUCGUUGUACUCGAAGAAAAAGGACUUGAAGCAAAACUUCUUGACCACCCAGUCAGUGGACGAAUUCUUCAAGUUAAACACCGGAAACUUACCAAUUGAAGUUGCCGAGACUGCGGACCACAAUACUUCGUUCAUCACUGGUACUAUUAGCAGAGAUAAAGUCCAAGUAUUGCAGCAGAUUUUGUGGAGAGUAUUGAGAGGUAAUUUGUACUACUACACCGAGGAGUUUACCGAGCCCAUCUACGAUCCAAAGCUUGAAGAUAAUAUCUGUGAGUCUUUAGACUGUGACUUGUACGACGUGGAUACCACCGCCGUGGGAAGAGCCACUCAACUUGCUCAUGUCAGUAGCAACUUAGAUGACUUAUCGACGGUUUUGGAGCAGUCAGAAUUGGCGUUGAACUCCGAGUUGAUUGCGAUUUCCAAGGACUUGUCUAAAUGGUGGGAAAUCAUUGCCAGAGAAAAGGCACUCUACAAGACCAUGAACCGUUGUGACUACGAUGGUAGUAGAAAAACAUUGAUUGCGGAGGGAUGGAUUCCAACCGAUGAAAUCGAAACUUUGGACGCUACUAUCAAGGCUGGUUCUCAGAACUUGCCCACUAUUGUUAACAUUUUGGAGACUACCAAAACACCACCAACUUUCCAUAGAAACAACAAGUUCACUGCUGCUUUCCAAAAUAUCUGUGAUGCUUAUGGAGUAGCCAGUUACCGUGAAGUAAACCCAGGGUUACCUACUAUCAUUACCUUCCCCUUCAUGUUUGCUAUUAUGUUUGGUGAUUUGGGUCAUGGUAUUAUUUUAUCUUUGGCAGCUUCCACUUUAGUUUUCAAUGAAAAGAAAAUCGGUGCCAUGAAAAGGGAUGAAAUCUUUGACAUGGCCUUUUCAGGACGUUAUAUUUUGUUAUUCAUGGGAUUGUUUUCCAUUUACACUGGUUUCUUAUACAACGAUUUAUUCUCCAAGUCCAUGACUUUGUUCAAAUCUGGUUGGGUUUGGCCUGAAGACUUUGAAAUCGGUGAUACUCUCAAGGCUUCGGCUCUGGGUAUAUAUCCUAUUGGUUUAGAUCCAGCAUGGCAUGGAACUGAGAAUGCCUUAUUAUUCACAAACUCCUAUAAGAUGAAAUUAUCCAUUUUGAUGGGUUACAUUCACAUGUCCUACUCAUACGUAUUUUCUUUGGUGAACUACAUCCAUUUUAACAGUAUGAUUGACGUUGUUGGUAACUUCAUUCCUGGUUUAUUAUUCAUGCAAGGUAUUUUCGGUUACUUGUCACUUUGUAUCGUCUACAAGUGGUCUGUUGAUUGGUUUGCUAUUGAACAACAACCUCCAGGAUUAUUAAACACUUUGAUCUCGAUGUUUUUGUCUCCAGGUACAGUCGCCGAACCUUUGUACGCUGGACAAUCGACUGUACAAGUGUUCCUUUUGUUAUUGGCAUUGAUCUGUGUCCCUUGGUUAUUAUUGGUGAAGCCUUUGUACUUCAAGAGAAAGUUUGACCAAGAAGCUAAGUACCAUGCGCUCCAAGACGAAGAGGUUUCUACUGGUGACGUGGGCGAACACUCUGAAGAAACUGCCGACCACGGUGACGAUGACGACGACGAAGAAGCCCAUGAAUUUGGGGAUAUCAUGAUCCACCAAGUUAUUCACACCAUUGAGUUCUGUUUGAACUGUGUCAGUCACACUGCCUCGUACUUAAGAUUGUGGGCUUUGUCUUUGGCUCACGCUCAAUUAUCUACUGUCUUGUGGACAAUGACAAUUGGUAAUGCGUUUGGAGCUACCGGUGUGUCUGGUGUGAUCAUGACGGUGUUGUUAUUUGGUAUGUGGUUCAUCUUGACCGUGGUUAUCUUGGUUAUCAUGGAAGGUACAUCCGCCAUGUUGCAUUCCUUAAGAUUACAUUGGGUGGAAUCCAUGUCCAAGUUCUUUGUUGGAGGUGGACAUCCUUACGAGCCUUUCGGCUUUGUUGGACUCUUAGACGAGUACAUUUAAUUGUGUUUAAGUUCUCUAAUUCAAAUAGAAGAUUUUGUCUCAUCGCG